CCCCACUAGGUUUUCGGUGGCGGUCCGUCACUCAACAGCACCAUCACCGCCUUCUGAAUUAUUUCCCAGCUUUGAGAGCUCAACAACGCAACUUUCCUCUUGUUCCCUCUCUGUCCAUUUCUCUCAAUCACACAGCAGACCAACUACAACGCAAUCAUGAGUGUCAAGGAAGUCAGUCUCACCCCAUUCACUGACCAAAAGCCUGGAACCUCAGGCUUGCGGAAAAAAGUCGUAGUCUUCCAAAAGCCACAUUACAGCGAAUCUUUCGUCACCAGCAUUCUUCUCUCGAUCCCAGAAGGUGUCGAGGGCAGUUUCUUGGUCAUUGGUGGUGAUGGACGAUACUGGAAUCCUGAAGUUGUGCAAUUGAUUGCCAAGAUUGGAGCUGCAUAUGGCGUCAAGAAGCUCUUGAUCGGUCAGAACGGUAUUUUGAGUACACCUGCUGCCAGUCACGUCAUCCGCAAGCGUAAAGCUACAGGUGGUAUUCUUUUGACUGCCAGUCACAAUGCUGGAGGCCCAAAGAACGACUUCGGUAUCAAGUACAACCUCGCAAACGGUGGACCAGCUCCCGAAUCAGUCACAAACAAGAUUUUCGAGACUUCCAAGAAGCUCACAUCCUACAAGAUCGCAGAUAUUCCAGAUGUCGACAUCUCUACAAUUGGCACAAAGACAUACGGCAAUUUGGAAGUGGAGAUUAUCGAUUCUUGCACAGACUAUGUUGAGAUGCUGAAGGACAUCUUUGAUUUUGCUCUGAUCAAGAAGUUUUUCCAAAUACACACCGACUUCAAAGUCCUCUUUGAUGCUCUCAGCGGUGUCACUGGUCCUUAUGGCAAAUCUAUUUUCGAGACUGAGCUUGGGCUACCCAGCUCCAGCACCCAGAACUGCAUCCCAUCACCAGACUUCAAUGGUGGUCACCCAGAUCCUAACCUUACAUAUGCACACUCCCUUGUAGAGGCUGUCGAUAAGGGAAAGAUCCACUUUGGAGCUGCUAGUGAUGGAGAUGGAGACCGCAACAUGAUCUACGGUGCCAACGCUUUCGUCUCACCUGGUGACAGUCUUGCCAUUAUCGCUCAUCACGCUCAACUCAUCCCAUACUUCAAGAAGCAAGGCGUAUAUGGCUUGGCUCGCAGUAUGCCAACCUCAGGUGCUGUCGACUUGGUUGCCAAGAAGCAAGGCUUGAACUGCUACGAAGUCCCCACUGGAUGGAAGUUCUUCUGCGCUCUGUUCGACGCUGACAAGCUGUCGAUCUGCGGUGAAGAAUCCUUCGGUACUGGUAGCAACCACAUUCGUGAGAAGGAUGGUUUGUGGGCUGUCGUUGCUUGGUUGAACAUCAUUGCUGGAAUUGGUGAGGCCAAUCCAGAAGUCACACCAAGCAUUGCCAAGAUCCAACACGACUUCUGGACUAUUUAUGGUCGUACUUUCUUCACCAGAUACGAUUAUGAGAAUGUCAGCAGUGAAGGCGCUGGUCAAGUUGUCAAGGACUUGACAGCCAAGAUCGCAGACUCCUCGUUCAUCGGCUCUAAGAUUGGUGACCGCACAGUUGCCGAUGCUGGUGACUUCUCUUACACCGACCUUGACGGAAGUGUUUCACCCAACCAGGGUCUUUAUGUCAAGUUCUCUGACGGAUCUCGCAUUGUCGUCCGUCUUUCAGGAACCGGCAGCUCUGGUGCCACUAUUCGUCUAUACAUCGAGAAGCACACCAGUGAUGAGAAGACCUAUGGUCAAGACGCACAGGACUUCUUGAAGCCAGACAUCCAACUUGCAACCGAGCUAUUGAAGUUCCAGGAGCACAUUGGACGUACUGAGCCAGACGUAAAGACGUAAAUAUGGUCAGGCAUGAGAAGCGAAUUCAAUUAGACUUGGGGUGGGUAAUGGGAUAUGAACAUGGAAUGCAGGCAGCCAAAGUGGUACGAGACGAUGAGCAUGGACCAGUGUCAAUACAGCAGCGAUUUUAAAAAUACACGCACAUUCAACGCUCCUCGUUCCUCUAU